AGCCGAUUUCCUGACUAGCCCCACCUAUGACUAAUUCGUAGUAAUAUAGCAUUGAGACCCAGUGGUGAGUGAGUGAACUGCGAAGUAUAUGUAUGCAUUUUCUCUUUAUUGAUCGUGCAUAUUGUAAUAUUACAACUGCAGUCAAGGAAUGAUAUGUGAACAUAUCGAAUGACCUACUUUCCCGACAAGUGUAAAUUGUUGUAAAUACGUUUUUCACACUUGACAAGACACGUUUUGGAGAGCAGCCAUUUUGGUUGACUUGUGCACUACAGAGCGGAAGGGUAAUAGAGCCUUCUACGGAUUAUUUGUGCUCCAGGAAACUACUAAACAUUGUUUAGUACCAUAUUUAUUAUUUUAUCUCUGAACAAGGGAAGUGAUCAAUUGACUAAUAAACCAAAAUGGGCGACAGAGAGGAAUGUAUCGCGCUUGCCAAACUAGCAGAGCAGGUCGAAAGAUUCGACGACAUGGUUGCCAAAAUGAAGGUAGUUGCAACCGGUAGUGACCCUCUUAAUGAAGAGGAAAGGAAUCUACUGUCAGUAGCGUAUAAGAAUGUCGUUGGAACACGAAGGUCCUCGUGGCGUGUCAUAUCGUCCUUGGAACAAAAGGCUAAGGAAAAAGGCGAAUCGGAGAAGAAACUACAACUGUGUGAAGAAUACAGAAAGAACAUAGAGAAAGAAUUGAAUCAGCUUUGUGAUGAAGUAAUUAGCUUAUUGGAUAACCAUUUAUUGCCCAAAGUAGGUGAUUCAGUAGAGCCCAAAAUAUUUUAUCUAAAAAUGAAAGGCGAUUACUUCCGGUACAAAGUUGAAAUUGCCAGUGGAAAGGAAGUCGAGAGUAGUUUGGCUGCGAAGUCUGAAGAAGCGUACAAACUGGCAUACGAUAUUGCCAAAGAAAGUCUCAACCCCACUAACCCCAUUAGGCUAGGUUUGGCGCUUAAUUUUUCAGUCUACUAUUACGAAAUUAAGAAAGAGUCUAGCACUGCUUGCGAACUAGCCAAAACUGCAUUCGACGAGGCCAUUGCCCAGCUAGACGCGGGAAAAGAAGAUGACUACAAAGAUAGUACAUUAAUAUUACAACUUCUACGAGACAACCUCACUCUCUGGUCCUCGGAACUGGAACAAGAGGCAGAUGACGCCGCCCCUGACGACGACCAAUAAUGUGUCGUCUGCUACUUAUUGACUUAUCAGACAUACCGUAGAAUCUCGGUUCCAUCUUCUCUCUUUUUUUAAUUUUGAAAAAAAAAAUCGCGGCUGCAUCGAAUACCCUUAAUGAGAAUAUUGGGGUAUAGUGAAGGAAGUCCUGACUUUUACUAAUACUUUUAUCAUUCCCAUGAACUCCGUGGAGAAAGCAGAGAGACUUUUUUGAUGAAGACAUUUUGUUGGUGUUUUGUAAUAGAUGUCACUGUUUAAUGUUCAUUUUGGGCUAAAGAUUGCCUUUUAAGAGCAAAAUAAUUGAAUAACAGAACUAGAAAUUUAUUAUUGAAUAUAUAUUAUAAGCUAGAUACACAUAUUUAUAUAUGUACACUUAUGGAAAUUAAAGUCGGCUUAAAAACGCUAA